UCUUCGGUUUUAUGGGGGGCACUGAGUCACAGCGUGAUAUUGCCCCUCUAUGAAACUAGGGCUUGUGUGUUCAUCAACUAUGACAGACCGAGGACAGAGGAGCGCGCGGAACAUAACGAAAAGAAUUACAUCAUUUCUCUGAGCAAUACUGAAGAAUUGUUGGAUUGGUUCGCUUUGUUAAUAAUGUAAACUAUUUUGAUUUCGCAUCUAGACAUCAAGCCACGUCUCUCGGAACGGGUGAUCACAAAAUUUUCUAGGAUGUAUUUUAUUGUUUUACAAUCGAACGGGUGGUGAUGCACGGGUCAAAUGGGCUGAAAGGCAAUCGAUUAUGGAGACUUUAAUGGUCCUUAUUUUGAUUAUAAACCUUUUUAUUUAUUUAUUGGUUUCGUCUGAAACGAGUCAAGACUAAAAAUGUUACUCAUUAAAUUGAUUAUUUCCAGUGCUUUUCUUUUCAAUGGUGGUUGUGAAGACUUACUGCUUUAUUCUGACAUACCAGCUGGUGUCAAGUCCCUCGGGAGGAAACCGCUGCAUCGGCAUAUUGCUGUUGUUGAGUCUCAGUGUCACUACAUGCUCAAACACCUCAAUGGUGGAGGUCAGAUCUUAGUGCAUAUGCCUCCCAACAUCACAGGCCACUGGGUUUCCACCAGCUUUUUUCCCCCCUUCAGCUGUGAGGUCAGGCCUGGGCCAGAGUUCAUUACCAGGUCCUACCACUUCCACCACAACCACACCUUCCAUGUUCUACAGUUCCACUACAGGGACAACCGCUGCUCCACCCCGACCUACACCUUCCUCGCCCAGGGCCAGUUGCACUUGCGCCAGGCCUCCUGGGUGGUCCGUGGGGGCACCGAGGCCGAUUACCAGCUUCAAAGAGUCCAGGUUGAGUUCCACAACCCCGAGGCAGCCCUGGAACUCAGCCAGUGGCUCAAGCCCAGCUGCAGAGCUCUGUCCCUGGCUGCAGGGGAGUGGUGGGAACCCCAUGUCAGCUAUAACCUUUGGAGCGAGGAGGAGGAUCGGGGGAUGGACUGUGCCCACAGGCUAGGUUUCACUAUGAACGAGCUGCAGCUAGUGCGUGUGGAGUGGCGCCGUCAUCACGAUUACCACGUAGCAGAGCUCUUUCUGGGGGACAUCCACACUGAGCGUGCCCAGAGGACCCAUCACAAACCAUCCAGCUACCAACUGCCACUACAGAACACCAAGAACCACGACCCUACGUGCAGUGUCUGCAGAGUCAUAGCUGGGGCGGACGAGCUCCAUCCUCCGGUCCUGCCCUGCGAAGACAACCUGACCGUUAAACUUCAGGGCCAGUGGGUCAGCCAACGCUGUGAGGUCCGUCCCGGGGUCCUCUUCCUCACCCGGCAUUUUGUUUUCAACAGCCACAACCGCACUUGGAUGGGACACUACCGGCAUUAUGCCGAUCCGGUGUGCCGACACCCCACAUUCGCCCUGUAUGCCCGGGGUCACUACAGCCACGCGGUCCUCUCCAGCAGGGUCCCUGGAGGAACCGAGUUCGUCUUCACAGUGGAUCACAUGAGAGUGACCCCUAUGGAUCAGGCCACCACCUCCCUGCUCAACAUCUUCCGGGGCAACGAGUGCGGGGCAGAGGGCUCCUGGCGCCAGGGCCUGGAGCAGGACGUCACCCCGACACACGGCUGCGCCGCCCUGGGCAUCCGGCUGCCCCACACCGAGUACGAACUGUUCCGCAUCGAGCAAGACCCGACGGGUCGGCACCUCCUUUUCAACGGUCAGAGGCCUUCAGAUGGCUCCAGCCCUAACCAGCCCCACAAGAUGGCCACUUCCUACCAGUACCCGCUGGUGCAGUGUUCCGGGGUGAGCCACUGGUCGUCGGAGUGGGGGAGGAGGGCUGACCGGCUCUCCAGGCUGGGGAGUAGCAGCUGCAGGCAGGGAGGAGAAGGGGAUGUGAGGGAUAUGGUCAGAGUGCUGUUUAUUGCUGCUUUCGCUGUUCUUCACGUCAGUUAGGUGUAGAUGUGGGUGAACGUCGUUGGCUUUGUUGUUGUUGUUGUUCUUGUUGUUGUACUUGUUGUGGCGCAGAACUGAACAGACUGUGAGUCUGACUUUUAAAUACAGCACAUUGCAGUGUUGAGCUGUAACUUAUUCCUGACUUCAUUAGGUAUUAAACUGAAGAAAAUGCAAAGGAAGUGAAAGGGGGAAUGUACCGUACUUUAAAAAGAAAUGCAACUUUUCUCAACAUUGGGCUCUAAUGAACAUAAACCAAUACAAGUUGUCAGUGCUAUAUUUGUGGUCGAGUUAAACAUCUAUUUGGAUCAGAAUGAUUCAGAAUCUGUAAUCUCCCGUUUACUUUCCAGGUUUUAUGUUCUUUUUUAAAUAAUCAGAUACCACAAUGACAGAUAAAUUGUUCAGUGCUUUGUAAUAGUCUCUAUAUUGCCAUCUACUGGACCAGUUAUGUCACAUUUUGUUUAGCCUGAAAGGCAGCCAUGUUUUUCAAAAUACUUCAUCUUGAUCAGAAUGAUCCGGAAUAUUUAAUGUUGAGGUUCUUUGCAUGACCACUCAAAUGGAAACCUGUACCUUCACUAUCGUUCACAGCAGUCAGUCUGGGAAUCCUUCCGUUGCAGUAGGCCACGUCAAAAUUAGGGUUGUUUGACAAAAGCUAAUUUUGGUUCUGGCCAAAUCGGUCAGUUUCUGUGAUAAAAUUGAUAUUAACUAUUGGUUUUGGUGGACCGUGGAGUCUGUUCAUAUCAAGACUGCUUGCAUGGAAGAAACUAAACGUGGGUGUAGUAUUGUGCUUGACUGGACCUGUUGGGGAAGCCAAGCAGCUUUAAAAACCAUUGCAAGUAAUCCAAAUGACAGGUUAUUCUGUAGUUCUACGAAUUGUUUCUCCACUAAACAUGGAAUUAAGAUAUUUAGGACAGGGAUCACCAGGGGUUCAGUAGUCUUAGUCAUCUGCAUCAUGGUGGCCAGGAGUUCAAAACCCACAGGGGUUAGUACAAAUUUACACCGUCGUCCACUGUGGAGGGGAAAGUCUUGUCUCAUCACACUCCAGCGUCUACAGGUUGUUGGCUGGAGAAUGAGCUCUCCUCCCGGCAUGUAUGUACCAGCGAAUACUACCUGGUAGAGCGAGCACUGUCAUCAUGGAUGGUCUGUCAUAGGGAAAUAAUGGUACCUAUCGAAUAAUAGUAAUAGCCUUUAACUUUUAACAAGUAUAAACUGCAGACUAACCAGCAACUAACCUGCAGUCAAUUUACCAUGAGGAUGAAUUACCAAUUCCAUAUGUAUCCCCAUCUGGAGGAUACAAAUGUAGUUUUUCAGUUUUGAAAACCCCAUUGCUACCAUUUAAUGAGUGUCCAAUAUAUUUAUCAAAUUCACUACUUCACUAGGUAAGUCAAAUUCAUAUUGGCCUUCAUCAGCUAAAAACACAAUCCCAGCAUUGUUCAAGUGUUUAGGUAAAUAGUUUCGUCUCAUUUAGCUGGAGCACGUUCUACUUGAUCUGCUUGUCUACCCUGUUUCUUUACAAGAUUCCCAUCAUCGCAGGCGUCUUUCGCAUGCUUUUUUUUUUAUUCCCCCAAAAAUUCUAACAUUUAGUCUCAUUUGAUUAUCCCAGCCCUUGUGAAUUCUAGGUUGUCCUAUUGGAUGUGUCUAUUUCACAAACGUUCAUUGAAACCUACCCCUUAAGUCUGUGUGAUUAGCCGGGAUUGUGCUACUGUAGUGUUGGUGAGACCGGCAGAUCCAAAAAUACCCAGGUCUUGUUUUUCUCAUGAACUAAGAUUCCAAAUGAUUUAAAUUUGAAGCUAGUAUGAUCCAUCUAUGAAAAGCUGGCUGCCAUGAACAUGUAAACAUCAUCUGUCACAAACCACACAAGUAGCUGAAAGCUAAUAACUUAGAUCAUAGGUAAUUCCAAAACAUAGUGUAUAUAUUACUAGAAUACACUCAGUUUGCUGUCACAAACUCCUCACAAAUCACUGACUAUAUUGGAUUUUUAUUUUCCUGUGAACUUACAGCAUUCUUACACAGUUUAAUACAUUUUGUUGUUCACAUUAGUAAAACUAAUGAAUUAAACUGUUAAACUGUGUUCUGCUUGUAGCCUUUGUUGUCAAGAAAAUCAUGUUGUUUUUUUUUGCUAGGGUCCCUGGGCCUCAAAAUAUUAAAAGGAAUUUUCAAAUAAUCUAA